AUGACUGAAAGUGUAGAGCAUUGUUGUGCUGCUGUCACUGAUGAAGAUAAGAAUGUAAAAAUUUUCAAAACACCCACUCAGCCCGUGCUUCCUAAGAUAUAUUAUAAUUCUAGAGGUGAUAAAUUGUAUAUUCUAGGUUGUUCUUUGGAAAACAAACUUAUUCUUGGAAUGAAAUUUGAUAGUCGUGGAGAUGGUAUUUCCUUUUAUUACAAAUAUGCUAAAGAGUGUGGAUUUAAAGUCCGUUCUAGUACUACUAAAGUAGAUAAGAAUAAGGUUGGUUCUAGUAAUGGUAAAGGAGUUACCGUAAUUAAAUAUUUCUUAUGUAGCAAAGAAGGGUAUGUGACAAAUAAUAAGAAAGCUGGUAAACAAGUUGAAGGUGCAUGUUUAAGGAAAAAGACUGGGAAGAGAGUUAGAUGUCCUGCUAAUAUUAAAUUUAGGUUUUGUAAUGGUGGGCAGUAUAUGGUAUACUCUUUUUAUGAGUCUCAUUCUCACCCUUUUUCUACACCUAUUACUAGUCAGGUUACUAAAUAUGAAGUUGGUUUAAAUUUUGCUCAUAAGAAGUUUAUUUUUGACAACUCAAAGUUAAAUAUAGGGGUUGUGAUGUCUUAUAGGAUCAUGAAAGAACUUUGUGGUGGGUUUAAAAAUGUCAGGGGCAGUAAAAAUGACUUCAAAAUUUUUUCUAAGGACUUGAAAGUUUAUAUCUCUAAUGUUGAUGGUGCAAUGUUUGUUCAAAACCUUGAACAAAAAGUGAAAAGCAGUAAAGGGGGUUAUUAUUUUGAUUACUGUGUUGAUGAAAGCAGGAACUUGACACGUGUUUUUUGGGGUAAUGCUAUUGGUAGAAGAGAUUAUCAAUUGUUUGGGGACUCUUUAUCUUUCGAUUCUACCUAUUGUAUGGGAAGAGAACCCUCUUGCAUAAUCACUGAUCAAGACCUUGCAAUGGGUAUUGCCAUACAAAAGGUUUUUACCAAGACUAAACACAGUAGUUUGGAUAGAGAAAUUGAUCCCAAUGUAUUUGUUGAUGGCUGGAACAGUGUUAUGGAGGAAUUUGACCUUGUAGAUCAUGAGUGGUUUGCAUACAUGUUCAAGAUUAGACAUCUUUGGAUCCCUGCAUAUUUCAAGGACUUGUUUAUGGGUGGGUUACUGCGUUCUACUUCUAGGUCUGAAGGCAUGAAUAGGAUGAACAGGCUUAAUAAAUCUGAGCCUCAAUUGGUUACUCAUUUACACUUAGAAAAGCACGCUGCUAUUGUUUACAGUCGUGCCAUCUUUUAUGAUUUUCAAGAUGAUUUGAACAGGCUUAAUAAAUCUGAGCCUCAAUUGGUUACUCAUUUACACUUAGAAAAGCACGCUGCUGUUGUUUACAGUUGUGCCAUCUUUUAUGAUUUUCUAGAAAAAUGCCAGGCAGCCUGUUUCUCAUGUGGUGUUGAAAGUUGUAGUUCUCUAUAUGGAGAUGGUGUGGAGUUUUCAGUAAUUGUUGAUCAUGAGAAAAGGAAAAACUUUGAUGUAAAUUUUGACUCACAUAUGAGUGCAGUUGUACUUGUAAAAUGCAAGUCUAUACAUGAAAUUCCUGAUCUUUAUAUCAUGAAUCGUUGGAAAAAAGACAUUAUGAAGAAAGCUUCUGCCACAAAUGUUGUUCUGGAUGAUGCUUCUAAGUAUGAUAAGAAGAAGCAAUUGAUGCUGACAAAGAACAAUCUUGAAAGUGCAACUAGUUCAAAAGAGGUGAAAGAUGUUGAUAUUAAGGUUUUGGUUGGGUCAAAUGAAGUAGAUGUAAACAUCUUGCCUCCAAAUCAGUGUCUUAAUAAAGGUUCUGCUAGAAGUUCAAAGCGGUUGAAGAGUGUAAAAGAAAUAGCUUCUGAAGAAAAAUCCAAAAAGGGAAGAAUCUGUAGAGCUUGUGGGCAAUCUGGUGUUUCACAUGACAGUAGAAACUUUCCAAACAAGUAG